AUGACAGCUCUCCGAUGGCGCAGUCUCUUCACCCCACCCACCUCCUUGGCCUUUCCUUAUAGCCCUGUUGCAAGACUCAGCCCAUAUAGCAAUGGUUUUAAUACUCCCAGCUUCUCUAAAACCUCCAGUAAAGCAAUACUAACACCUGAAAAAACAGGUUAUACUUCCAGGAGCUCCCCCCUUAGCCCACAGUCAUCCAUAGACAGUGAAUUGAGUACAUCAGAACUGGAGGAUGACUCUAUCUCCAUGGGAUAUAAACUACAAGACCUCACUGAUGUUCAGAUCAUGGCUCGCCUGCAAGAAGAAAGUCUCCGUCAAGAUUAUGCUUCCAUUUCAGCAUCUGUGUCAAGACAUACCUCUGGCAUAUCAUUGAGUUCAGGAAAGAAAGGGACUUUCAGCGAUCAGGAAUAUGAUCGAUACAGUUUGGAGGAUGAUGAAGAGUUUGAUCAUCUGCCACCUCCCCAGCCUCGUCUUCCUCGAUGUUCACCUUUCCAAAGAGGAAUUCCACACUCACAGACUUUUUCUAGCAUUCGGGAAUGUAGAAGGAGUACUAGCUCCCAGUAUUUUCCUUCAAAUAAUUACCAGCAGCAGCAACAGUAUUAUUCACCUCAAGCCCAAACUCCAGAUCAGCAACCAAAUAGGACAAGUGGAG